AGGAGAAGAGAGGAGUCCAGGGCUCUGAAUCCUGCAGGGGAGAGGGGGAAGGAAGGGUGAGGAUGACGGGGGUGAGGGAGAGAAGAGGAGAAGUCAUUGGGAGUCAGAGGGAAGCAGGAGUUGGGGAAGAGAUUGUACAUGUUGAAUCCAUAGAACCAUGCAAUGAGGAGGUCGAGUCCAAAAGGAGGGGAGAGGCAGAGGGAGGUCAGAAAGACAAAGAGAAAAAGGAGAAAGAAAGACAAAUAAAGAAUGAACAAACCUCAGUAACAACAGACUCAGAGAUCCAAAAUCACCCCAAAAGUGAAGAAGAUAAUACAGAGACUACAGUUGCAGAUCAGGCUGUUUGUGCCCUGUCUGCUCCUGAUGUGGAGCUUCUGACACAUCGGCUCCAGGAGGCCCAGGAGGAGGCCGAAAGGCAGGCGAUGGUGGCCCAGGAUCUGCGCUCCAAGCUGGGGGAGCAAAGCAGAAGGAGCUGGGAGGCAGAGCAGAGGCUGGUGGUCCUGGAGGCCGAGCUGCAGCGUCUGAAGAGAGCGGCCGAGAGCCUGGGAGACGCCCGCAGGCAGAUAGAGGUUCUUCAGGCGGAUGGGCUUGUUAUGGAGGAGGAACUGUGCCGCCUGCGGAGCCAAGUGGAGCUUCACAGCAUGCAGACCACGGUCAUCGCCACCCUGGAGGGGGAGCGGGCCGCGCUGGAGAGAGACAGGGACACACUGCGCAGCACCAUGGACGCCCUGCGCACCGCCCACCGCAAGAGCGACCAGUUCGAGCUCACCACUCAGACUCUCCGGGCGGAGGUGGAACGUCAGGGUCGCAGUUUGGAGACUUCUCGUCGCCGCGAGGAGGAGCUGGAGGCAGAGCUGCGCGAGGCGACCCUGGAGGCCGAAUCUCUGGCGCGGGCGCGAGACCAGGUGCUGCUGGAGGCGUCGAGGCUGGAGCAGGAGAAGGAGGUGUCUGAGGCGAAGCUGGACGGCCAACACAAAGAGGGGAGGCAGAGAGAGAGGGAGGCAGCGAGGCUGAGGCAGCAGCUGGAGAGCACCACCCUCACCCUGGAGCACAGCAACCAGAGAGCUCGGGCUCUGGAAGGCGAACACAGGCGUGUGUGUCAGCAGUUGUCUGAUUCCAAGGAGCUCUGCACUCAGCUGCAGGACCUGGAGAAGGAGCUCAGCACUCGAUUAAGCAGCAUGGAGGAGAAUAAACAGCAGCUGCAGGAGCAGUACGCAGAUGCUCAGGCCAAGAUGAGUUCAAUGUCCCAGGACUUAUCAAAUGAGCAGGCAAGUUCCCAAAAACUGUCUGCUGAAGUCGAACGUCUGAGCCAGAAGCUACAAAAAGCCGAGGCCAAACUCAAGAAGACAAACGAUUCUUUCAACAACUCACAGGAGAAAAUAGAGUCGCUCUCCCAGUGCCUUAAGAAAAGUGAAUCCCUUCUCCAGUUGGAAAAGAGAAGAGGAAGUGCGGAAGUGGAAGCUACGUCCAAUUCAAAUUCAGACUCUUCUAGCCAAAUGCACAAUUGUCAGACUCACACCCAGGAGACCUCACAUCUGGAUCAAUCCCCAGCAGCUGGCAAAGGUCGUGACCUUUCCACGACCCGGGAAUUCGCCACAGGAGAGACAGAGAGGCAGCUGAGUGAGAGGCUGAUAGAGCUGGAGAGAGAGAGAGCUGUGGCGGUUGCAGGACGGGAGGCUUCGCUGUCGCGGUUGUCUGAAUCCCAGGAGACGGGUGAGCACCUGAGGGAGCAGCUGGAGGCGCUGCGGCGGCACGGCCUCAGCCUGCAGGACUCCUGCACCAGUCUGCAGACACUCAACACCCAGCUACAGGUGGAGCAUGCAUCCCUGAGCUCCCAGCAUGCAGCGGUGCUGGCGCGCUGCAGUGAGAGCGAGGCGCGGUGUGCGGCUCUAGAGGCCGAGUCCAAGGUAUGGGCGCGGGAGCGAGAGGAUUCAGUGGCCAGGAUGGAGGCUCUGCGGCGGGACCAUGAGAGGAUGACGGCUCUGCAGCAGCGGCAGGAGGUGGAGCUGGAGGAUCUGCUGGAGAAACAGUCUCAGCUGAGGAGCAACACCCGCAGCCUGGAGGCCCAGCACAGGGAGCUGGAGGCCAGGUACAAGGAGCUCCUGGAUGGUAAAACCAAGCUGGAGGAGAGAGAGCAGGAGAUUAAGAUGGAGAGAGAGGAGAUGGAAGCAGAGGCUCAGAGGAGGCUGGAGAGGGAGCGAGAGCUGGCGAGGCUGAAAGAAGACAGCGAGAGGCUGCAGGCCCAGCUGAAGGAGGGGUUGGCGUCCCAGGCGGAGCUGCUGGCUCAGGGCUCGGAGCUGAGGGGGGAGCUGAGCGCCUCCCAGCUGGAGCGGACGCGGCUGGAGGGGGAACUCAGCGGCCUGAGAGGAUCCAACCAGAGCCUGGACCUCAGCAAUGCCCGCCUCACCAGUCAGUACCAGCUCUUGACCCAGUUAAAGGGGAACAUGGAGGAGGAGAACCGACAGUUAGCGGAGCAGAACCAGGGUCUGCUGAAGGAGAACCGAUCCUUAAUGGAGCAGAGCCUGGAGCGCCGGGACCAGCACUACUCACAGCAGACGGAGUACCAGGAGAAGCUGAGCGAGCUCCGUCGGGAGAAGCAGAAAUUGGUGGAGAAGAUUAUGGAUCAGUAUAGGGUCCUCGAGCCGAGCAUGCAACCUCCAUCCAGCAAAGCCAAGUACUAUCGAAGGACCAGCGAGGACACGGGGAGGACCAGAGUGGAGCCAGGCAGGACAGGACCAAAGGGCUUGGGAGGACCAGAGUGUUUCCAGGCAGGAAAGGACCAGAGGGCAUGGAGGGAAGAGCAGAGGGGGCCAAAGAGAGCAUGA